CAGUCUCAAGGUCAUAAGUGCCAAUUUCACUGUAUGCCAUGGAAUUCAAAUUUUCCUUCCUCAUCAUUUCCUCAUUCAUCUUCUUGAUACUUUGUUUAACAAAGAUUUAUAAGCAGAAAAUCAAAGUGAAGAACGAGGUUCAUAAACUUCCACCAGGACCAUGGAAGCUUCCUUUAAUAGGAAACUUGCAUCAACUAGCAUUAGGAGGAUCACUUCCACAUCAUACUCUUCGAGAUCUAUCCAACAAAUAUGGACCUCUUAUGUAUCUUCAGCUUGGUGAAAUUUCUGCAGUGGUUGUUUCAUCUCCUGAUUUGGCCAAAGAGAUAAUGAAGACACAUGAUCUUUCUUUUGUUCAGAGGCCAGAACUCCUAGCUCCUAAAAUAUUAUCAUAUGAUUCAACAGAUAUUGUUUAUGCUCCAUACGGUGAUUAUUGGAGACAGAUGAGGAAAAUAUGUACAUCACAGCUUCUUAGUGCUAAAAGGGUUCAUUAUUUUUCUUCCAUUAGAGAAGAAGAGGUGCAAAAGCUCAUACAAUCAAUUCAAGUUUCACUUUCACUACCACUUAAUGUUACUAAAACAGCUUUUUCUUUGGUAAGUACCUUUGUUUCAAGAGCAGCAUUUGGUAAAAAAUCUAAAUAUGAAGAUGAACUUUUGAGUUUGCUCAAGCAAACAGUGGAAAUGGCAAGUGGGUUUGACCCUGCUGAUCUGUUCCCUUCAUUUAAACCUAUUCAUCUUAUCACUCGGACGAAAGCUAAAUUGCAGAAUAUGCAAAAGAAGCUGGAUAAGAUUUUAGAAAGCAUUAUCAAAGAGCAUCAAUCAAAUUCAAUCCAUGGCAAACAGGGUGAAAAUCUAGUUGAUGUUCUUUUGCGCGUUCAGCAAAGUGACAAUUUCGAUAUCCCUAUCACAGACGACAAUGUCAAAGCCGUCCUGUGGGAUAUGUUCGCUGCUGGGAGUGAUACUUCAGCAACAGUAAUAGAGUGGGCUAUGUCAGAGUUGAUGAAAAACUCAAGAGUGAUGAAGAAAGCACAAUCCGAAAUAAGAGAAGCUGUUAAAGGGAAAAAGAGAAUAUAUGAGAGUGAUCUACAUGAACUUAGUUACUUGAAGUCAGUGAUCAAAGAAACCAUGAGGUUACACCCACCUUUUACUUUGCUUCCAAGAGAAUGCAGGGAAGCUUGCAACAUAGAUGGAUAUGAAAUACCAAUAAAGACUAGCGUGAUAGUAAAUGCAUGGGCAAUUGGAAGAGAUCCCAAACAUUGGUAUGAUGCAAAGAAGUUUAUACCUGAAAGGUUUAAUGAUAGUACUGGUUUUGAUUUUAAUAAAUUGAACAAUAAUAAUAGCUUUGAUUACAUGCCUUUUGGGGGAGGAAGAAGAAUGUGUCCGGGAAUUUCGCUUGGCUUAGCUAAUAUUGAGCUUCCUCUGGCUGCAUUGUUGUAUCACUUCAAUUGGGAACUUCCUAAUGGAAUGAAACCAGAGGACUUGGAUAUGACUGAAGCCUUUGGAGCUGCAGCGGCUAGGAGAAAUGGCCUGUAUUUGAUUCCAACUCCACAUUGAUUCAGCGAUGUUAUUUAUCACGAGGACAAAAAUCGUGAAACCAUCACGAAACAUGUAUUAUAGUUAAAAUGACUCAGUGGCAGAUGUCCGGAAUUAACAAAAAUCAGGUAAGCAGGUAACUAAAAUAUACACUUAUCGUGAUGGAUUCGUGCAUUUUUUUCCGCUAUACAUAUCAUUUCCCUUCUUUGCUAAUCAUAGCAUUUUCCUAUUUGAUUAUUCCCUUCAAAAAAUUAUCGUCAGCACUUGUAACAAAAAUUCAUUGUCAGCACUUUAUUCUAUUUGAGAUCAUCCAAUA